CGGGUGAAACCGCCCCCGUCAAGGAGCAACUGUCACAGCCUGAUUCAACACAGCCACGCAACGGCCUCCAGGCACCAGGUCACAGCGCCGACACUCUCACAAAAGUAUUUCCCUUCCCAAAUAUUGACCUCUUCUUCUGUAAAAAUCAUAUUCGUCAUCUUCACAAUCACCAACAUGCCGCUACUUGUCCCCCAAACAGAUGAAAUCCUAGAACUGGAUAUCCCACAACACGCCGAUAUUCUCUCCGCACAGCAGGGACUAUACGGCCAUGAUCGCCGCGAAACAAAUGUUGUGAGAUGGUCAACUGUGAACUGCUCUGCUACGGAAUUUCAAAGGAGCGGCAACAGACUGCGGUCGUCGCUCUACCGAGAACCACGGACAACAAAACUUCUCAUUUCCGUGCAUAUUGAUGCCACUCACAACGAAGACGAUGUGAGAAUGGCGAUUUCCACCGCCAUGCUUAAUGUUCAUGGCGUAAACGACAAAAAGAUCCCAGGCUUGUCAUUGUCUUGGAAAGAUGUUGUUGUUUUGCUUGUUGGAAGUGUAGACAACAUGAAGCCUGAGGUGGUUGGCCUGCUUCAGCGCCUGGGAAUUUACAGAGCGGAGGAACUGAACUCUAUCGACAAGGGAUCCGUUGGCCAAACAUUUGAGUAUACAACACUACUAAGUCCGUAUGGGGUGUCUGACAAACCAUCUCCGAGUGCUUCACCAUGCCAACUGGCUCUUUAUACUUCGCACACUCCUCUCACAGCGGAAGAGGCCCAUAAAUGGACAAUCUACGCCAUUGCAGACACUCUCCAGGCUGAUAUUUGGAUACCCCUCCCAGUGGGCCAGACAGUCGGAACCCCAGAGACUGCCUUUUCUCAAGCCAUAAACGAGUUCCACAGCAAUGAGCGCUACUUGUCAAUGACUAUAAAAGACUACUCUUCAGGAAGUCUGGCCACCGCGCAAAUUUUGAGCCCAUUUGCUUCGAGAGAGAAUAUUGAACAUGUGGAUAGGAAGGGAGUUGUUUUGCAGGAAGCGCUACAGGCGAGGGAUAAAGUGCGCGCAUAUCGACUGUCACUGGAGUCGUUGCCGGUAGUGUUGACAUUUGAAUGACUGACUGGGAAAAUAUUUCACAGUAUGUCGAGUUAUUACGGUAAAUGGGUUAAGACUCACAAACAGCAGAAUCAUGGACAGCCGAACAUCUAACCCGAAUUAAUAAUCGCUUUCUAAGUUCUUCAAAUUUCUUUGCUCACUAACAUAUUUCAACCAUGUGUCUAUCUAGCCAUCUAUUCGUCUUCCUAUAUACACUCAUACAUGGAUAUGCCAUAUAGUUGUGGAUAUUAUCUUUACCCGGCAUAUUCGGACAGGAAUCUUCAUUCGGGUCCUUGCAUUCUGCAAUGACCGGAUCGCCCAGCUUCUCUGCAGGCGGUCGAUAUAAUCGUUCGGAUUCGCACAGCCACCCUCGUGCGGAUGAAUCAGCGACAUCCAGUGACCAAUCUCAUGCGUCGAGACGGCGCCCGAGGCAGGAUCCCCUUCAACAGGCAGCGUACUGAUGCGAUUGAAGCAGCCAUCCCGGAUCACUUGAUCGCAACUGGGAUUCCGCACAGGGUAGUAGCAGAAGCCUGCAUAGUCCUGUAUAAACUUGGCAUAGUACAGGUUGAGUGUUUUUAUGAGCCCUUGCGCAACGCACGCCUAUGUUCAGAGAUUUGCCCGUUACGAACGUUUGCUAACUGCUUAUUUAUCGUCCGUGUGAUGUUUCUUUUUAGCGUAAAUGUGAAGCCGGUUCCUUUGUAGUGCUCAACGAGACGCUUGAAUUGGAGUUCGACUGGCAAUCCGUGGGGAUAUUUCGCCAUCUGCAGAGCCUCGGGCGUCGUUUGUGUGCCGCAUCCACCGCUGUGAUGCACAUCGACGGCAAAGCCUGCCGCAGAUGUGAUGGCUGCUAGACCAGCGAGCAAUCUAUUGAUGAGCAUGGGGAUAGCGUUGGAACCUAAUCGGUGUACACUAUUUGCUUCAGGACAGGUCCGCCCUCUUAAACAAGUUCUUAUCCCCGCAUCUGGCAUCCGUGCAAGUACCAAUUUGUUUUACGCUGCGCUUUCAGUUUAGUCCAUUUGUGUUUACCUGUUAGUUUUCUGCCUGAGUUUCUUGCUGGCACCGCCGUACCCAGCAGUGGCUCGCCGUUGUAUUGCUGACACAUACUCUCUCUACCACACUGCCGUAUUCGGCAUUUACUACCGUUACACGGCUCAGUAUACUAUAACUCUUUUUUUGUCCUUUAUUUUGGUUGCUUUCGUUUAUAUGAAAUUGUUGCACAUCAUCGUGCAUUGCUG